AGAAAAAGGAAAUUAAUUAUAGCAUUGAAUCAUUUGUUAAGAUGGUAACCGACUUGUGGAAUAACAAAAAGAGCCACACUUGGGACGAAAGAAAGAGCUGAAAAUGAUGAAAUUGACAUGGAAGAACCAAACCAAGAACAAGAACAAGAACAAUAAGCGCCCAAUCGCAACCAUCUCUGACCUCCCAUUUGAUCAGGAAGAAGAUACAGUCGCUACGUUCGCCGCCGACGACACCAGCCAAGAUAGAUGUAAAGCUGGAGAGGAUGGUAGUGUCGGGACGUCUACACCGGGUUCGAAUGUUGACGAGACGAUCCAACUUGCCGAAUCCUUUCAAGCACAAGGGAACAAGCUUGCGGAGGUGGGAAAAUACCGUGAAGCACUUGGAAAAUGGGAAGCUGCUAUCACUUUGAUGCCUGAGAGAGCCACUUUACACGAGCAAAAGGCUCAAGUUUUACUUGAAAUCGGAGAAACAUGGAAGUCUCUAAUGGCAGCAACCCGUGCCACCCAAUUGGAGCCUUCAUGGGCUGAGGCAUGGGUCACCCUUGGAAGAGCACAACUGAACUUUGGGGAGCCUGAUAGUGCCAUAGAAAGCUUUGACACAGCAUUAGCUAUUAAGCCUGAUUCUGUAGAGGCAAAGGAGGAUAGGAAAGCAGCAUUACAUCUUGUGAAGAAAAGAAAGCAGCUUCAUUCUUCAGGCCUCAGUGUCUCUGAAAACCGCUUUGUAGUUGGAGAGGAAACCCAUGAACAACUUAUAUGAAUUAUCAAAGGGCUUGCCAAAUAACAUCUCUAGUUUAUUAAUGUUAUAAUUGUAGCUUCAGUUAUAUAUUAUAUAAUAUUAGAUUGAACAAACACGGUGUUACUUGUGUAGCCCUCUUUGGUAUGAACUUUUAAAACAGUCG